AUGAUUCAGAACAUUAAGAAGACAGCUCUGCUCUCUGAGUAUAUCAAUCUACUUAUCACUGAGAUGGAAUCUGAGACAGCAGAUCAGGAAAUGCAGGAUUUUGAGACACAGAUUAACCUGGCUGAGAGAGAGCAGCAGAAACUCUUCUCUGAGAAGAUAGUGAAGAGAGAUUUUAAGAUGAUUAUCAUCUCAGAUGAGAAGAAGAAGAAGAAGAAGAAGAAUAAGAAGUGA